ACCUUCUUAGCAGGAAAUUUAAAGUUCUAAAAUUAUCAAUAAAAUGUCAGUUGAGAGUUCAUCAGGAAUUCAGACAUUAUUGGAGGUAGAAAAGGAGUCUCAAAAAAUAGUUCAAAAAGCUAGAGAAUGUAGAGCACAGGGGUUAAAAAAUGCACGUUCGGAAGCGCAAACAGUAAUUGAGGAAUAUCGAGCACAAAAAGAAGAGGAAUUUGAAAGAUACAAGAAAGAACUUGCAGGGUUUAAUUUAAAAGAAGAAGAACAUCAUAACAAAGUUCUUAAUGAAAAAUUAGAAAAUAUUAGACGACAAGCAGCUAGUAAGAAAGAAGAAACUAUAAAAAAAAUAAUUGAAAUUUUUACGAAAGGAUCUAUGGAAAUUCAUCCUAAUGCAUCUCUUCAAAUAUGUCGAGAAUUAUCUAUUAAAAAUAAGGUGCAGGAACCAACAUAAAUAUUUUUGCAUAUAUAUUUUUAUAAAUAUUUUUACUGGUCUUUAC